AACCAGUUUCCAAGACGCAAAGUAAAUUGAAAAGCCUCGAGCCAAAUUAACACGCAAACCAUGCCGUUCAACUUUUCUUUCUCCAGCUCCGUCUCGGCAGUCAGUGUCGGGUCCGGCUCCACCAACGGACAGAACGGGGCCAGAGGAUGGGCCUACAAGCGCGAGUCCUACUCUAACAACAACGGGUCUGGCGUGCGCACGACCAAGCAGAAGCUGGGCGAGGCGCCGCAGACACAGACCAGGAUCUACGACGCCCAAGGCCGGCCGCUUUAUCUCGAGGGCGGCCAUUAUCAUAGGGCGGCCGGCCUAGACGACAGCGUCCCGCGCAUCGAGGAUGUCACUGAGGAUCAACCCCCGAGAGCACCUGAGAGGGAGGCAAGGAAGUAGGGCAGUACAUGGUCGAAUGCGUUAGGAGAAAUGAUGAUGGAUGGAGUGGUGCAGGCUUAUCCCGCAUGGGUGAUGGCACAAGCGGCGGGGGCUCUCAUUAAUUGUGAGACCGCGGUCAUUUAACUCAUGUGUGGCAUUAUUUCAAGCGUGGGACACGUUAACUUGUAUAUAUAACACAAAUCACAACCUGUUAGAGGUCAACGUCCUUCCCCUUCGCUGAGAUACACCUCGACCUGCACCCUGUGUCGACGGGCAAUACAGUACCUUAGAAUUAGAUAGUUUGUGGUUAGAAAUCCGCUUUCACCUACCUAUUCAACACAUGUAAGAUUGAGC